AUCUUUCUUUUUCCUUAACCCAAAUCCUAACCCUAAUUUCCUUAACUCUGGUUCAGUUCCCUCCCAACUUUUCUCCACAUCCCCACCCACCUUCUCUCUCUCUCUCUCUUUAUCUCUAUAUAUUUCUAUUUCCCUCCCCCCCCCUUGGAACACAAUUCCUUCUUUCUUUCUAUCUGCUUCUGUGUUUGGCUCUGUUCUUAUCGGCUGUUUCAUGCUUUGGACAAUCGGACUGUUGACUUGCUAGGGGAUGAGCUGCAACGGCUGUCGAGUUCUUCGAAAGGGUUGCAAUGAGAAUUGCAUACUCAGGCAGUCUCUCCAGGGGAUUGAGAGCCCCCAGGCUCAGGCUCACGCCACCGUCUUCGUCGCCAAGUUCUUCGGGCGCGCCGGCCUCAUGUCCUUCCUCUCCUCCGUCCCCCACUCUCACCGUCCUGCUUUGUUUCAGUCUCUCCUGUUUGAGGCCUGCGGCCGUACGGUGAAUCCGGUGACGGGAGCGGUAGGGCUGCUGUGGACGGGGAACUGGCACGUGUGCCAAUCGGCAGUCGAGACGGUGCUCCGCGGCGGCGUCCUGAGGCCGAUUCCGGAGCUCUCCGGCGAAGUCCCGGCCGACGAGGCUGACGACGCGUCAAACACGAACAGCAUCGACUUAUUCGGAUCCCGAGACCUUCUCCACUCAGCUCGCAAGAUCAAGCACGGCUACGACUUCCAAGCGAGGCAGCAGCAGCAGCAGCAGCAGCAGCCGGCCGGCGCCGAUCUGAAUAUGUGCCCGCCGAGGAUGACCGCGGGCGGCCGGGUGAAGCGGCGGGCGGAGACGCCGUCGCUGAACUCCGACGAAUCGGAAACGACGACGCUGGAGAGCGGCUCGGCUUAUCCCCAAGCCUCCAACGAAGCAAAGCUUCUCAGACUCUUCUUCUGAGACUGAAACUGAAGCCGGAACCGCCAUCUCCACAAUAAUUUACCGGCCACCGGAUUCCACGUCCACGGCAGCUUACGUGUAAUGGAUUUUUCCUAAACAUAUAUAAUUUACCGACUACAGGUAUUUCCCGGUAACCGGGAAUUUUUUGUUGGGAGUUUGGUGGUCCGAAACGCACUGGAUUUCUCUCUCCCUGUGGAGUCAGGAAGAUGAUAGUAACCGGUCCCACCUUUAGGUUUUUUUAUUUUCCUUUUUUUUUUAUAUAAAUUAAGAGGGAAUUACCUGUAUUGCCCUUAGUUUACUUAUAUUCGACAUUAAUGAACUGUGGCUGCGAAUGA